AUGCUCCGUUUCUCUCCCGUGCAUCAUACAGAAAAUAAAAAUGUUAAAAAACGAGACAACGUGAGUGGAAGAAAGAGAAGCGGGAUUCAACUCCGUGCCCUAGUUGAUUCCCAUAGGAUAGCUAAGUCUGAGGUACAUGACGCCGUACAUGCUGACCUCAUGACUGGGUGGAAUCGGCUUUUCCUAUCUGGGCCGGUUUUCGCUGCCCAAGCAAUAAAUGAUGCUGCGCUGUACAGGAUGAUUGCUCAAGUCGGCAGUGCAAUUUUUGCUCCAGGCUUCGACGAGGUCACAAGAGCGACGCAGACUCUUAGACUGCAAGCGAGAUGCUGA